UGGUAGUGACUCCCCCAGGGCUGCCUCAGCCCGCAUCUCGCUAAAGAUAGCCCUCUACUUCCUGGGGAAAAACCACCCCAACCGUCUUCGUGGAUGAGAGUAUCUGAAGUCUUCAGUUUGAGGGUUCCCAACCCUGCUAAGCAGUUGUCUCCAGGUCAUGCACCUUCAGAAUGGAAAGCGCUUUGGAAUGACACGAUCACUCCCGUUGAGUGGGCACCGGAGAAGCCAUCGGGAAUGUCGUGUCCGCCCAGUGCUCUUUCGGCGCCUCCCAGCAGGGCCUCAGCCCUGGCCCAGAAAGGGGCCUUGCCAAGCUUUUCCUGCCCCUGGGUUUCCCUGCUCUCCGGAUUUCCCAACUCUCUCUACUGAGUUAGCUUCUCCAUUAAAAGGAAUGGGGGUGGGGUGGGGGGUGAGUAUGUUACAGUGAAAUGAAAACAUUUGGGAACUUUUGUGGGAGAAAGAAAAAGACCUUUCCUAUUGGUAGAGGAGCAAGAUACUCCAACUGAGGCCUAUUUUCUAUUAUGGUCACAUUAUUUGGUUGGCCCGUAAAUGGCUGUUGCCUAAAACAGGAAGCGUUAAGGAUCGUUGUUAAAGCACACCAGGUUAAAGGAGUCACAUUAAAAGCUGGUCAUUCUGGGCCGGGCGCGGGGGCUCACGCCUGUAAUCCCAGCACUUUGGGAGGCCCAGGCGGGCGGAUCACCUGAGGUCGGGAGUUCGAGUCUUGACAAACAUGGAGAAACCCCGUCUCUAUUAAAAAUACAAAAGCCGGGCGUGGUGGCGCAUGCCUGUAAUCCCAGCUACUUGGGAGACUGAGGCAGGAGAAUCACUUGAACCCGGGAGGGGUAGGUUGCAGUGAGCCAAGAUCACACCACUGCACUCCAGCCUGGGCAACAGGAGCGAAACUCCGUCUCAAAAAAAAAAAAAAAAAAAAAAAGCUGGUCAUUCUGGAAGACAUCAUGAUGGUUGUGAUUUCUCAGGUAUCAAGAGAAGAAAACUGGCAAUUAUAUCAGAGUGCGCAUUUAUUGGGCAUGAAGACUACCCGGGCUGGGUGCAGUGGCUGAUGCCUGUAAUCCCAGCACUUUCGGAGGCCAAGGCGGGCAGAUCACGAGGUCAGGAGUUCGAGACCAGCCUGACCAACAUGGCGAAACCCCGUCUCUACUAAAAAUACAAAAAUUAGCCGGGUGUGGUGGCGAACGCCUGUAAUCCCAGCUACUCGGGAGGCUGAGGAGGAGAAUCCUGUGAACCCGGGAGGCGGAGGCUGCAGUGAGCCGAGAUCGUGCCACUGCACUCCAGCCUGGGAGACAAGAGCAAGACUCCGUCGCAAACGAGAAAAUGCUUGCAAAUAACCUGAAACCGCGGAACACUAUUCUUUUUAAAACGAGAUGUUUUAAAUAGGUCGUGAAAGUGGCCUUAAUGUUAUACUGCCUUAUUCCAGUGACAAAUAUUCAUCAUGUGUAAAAUGAGAGAAAUGAAAUGUUAUUAACACAAAGAUGUGAGACUUCCAUGAGAAGAGACGGUACCCUGUCUAAGCGCCCACCGAGUCGCGAGGAUCCUUUUCCUGGUUAAGGCCUGGCCACAGCGAAAGAACCCUAGGCCCAGGGAGGGCCCCGAGAUUUCAGAUCCCGGGGCCCGGCUGUGCAGGUGGACCGCGCGGAAGGGGCGCUGGGGGCGGUAGGUCGAAAGCAGCCGACAGGGCUCCCACUGGCGCACCUGUUCACUUAACGGGGACCGCCGUCGCGUCCCCGCCCCAGCUAGUCGGUCCUUUCCGGAAGUUCCACCUCCCUAAAUUUUUUCCGGUUCCGCUUACUCCUUCCGGUCACCAUGGCGACCAGGCGCCUUGGGGUGGGGGAGACGCUAGGGGCCCUCAACGCGGCCCUGGGGCCAGGCGGUCCGGUGUGGAUCAAGGAGACGCGUACCCGCCACCUGCGUUCCCGAGACUUUCUAGCACCGCACCGCGCGCUGCAGGCGCGCUUCGAUGACGGCCAGGUUCCGGAGCGUUUUCUCCAAGCCCUCGCCUGCCUGCAGGGCCCUGGUGUGGCCCCGGUGCUGCGCUGCGCGCCGACCCCCGCGGGUCUGUCUCUCCAACUGCAGCGGCCCGCCGUCUUCGAGCGCGUCCUCAGCGCCGUGGCCGCCUAUGCCACGCCCGCCUCGCCUGCCUCGCUGGGCCAGCGCGUCUUACUACACUGCCCAGCACUGCGCAGCUCCCCCUGCGCACUCCGCUUGAGCCAGCUGCGUACGGUGCUCGUGGCCGAUCACCUGGCGCGAGCCCUGCGCGCUCACGGGGUGUGCGUGCGCCUAGUGCCAGCUGUGCGGGAUCCGCACAUGCUGACCUUCCUGCAGCAACUGCGGGUGGACUGGCCCGCUGCCUCGGAGAGAGCUUCCUCCCACACCCUGAGGAGCCAUGCCCUUGAAGAACUUACCUCUGCUAAUGACGGGAGGACACUGUCCCCUGGCAUCCUAGGCAGACUGUGUCUGAAGGAGCUGGUGGAAGAACAGGGCCGCACAGCUGGCUAUGACCCCAACCUGGACAACUGUCUGGUGACUGAGGAUCUCCUCUCUGUGCUGGCUGAACUGCAAGAGGCCCUAUGGCAUUGGCCCGAGGACAGCCACCCAGGCCUGGCUGGGGCCCCAGAUACUGGUACAGAUGGCUGCCUGGUUGUACAUGUUGUUAGCUGUGAGGAGGAGUUCCAGCAACAGAAGUUGGACCUGCUUUGGCAGAAGUUGGUUGACAAGGCUCCACUCAGACAGAAGCACCUCAUCUGUGGCCCUGUGAAAGUAGCUGGUGCACCUGGCACUCUGAUGACUGCCCCUGAGUACUACGAGUUCCGGCAUGCCCAGGUGUGCAAGGCCUCAGCACUGAAGCAUGGUGGGGAUCUGGCAGAAGACCCAGCCUGGACAGAGAUCUUCGGUGUUCUCUCUGUGGCCACCAUCAAGUUUGAGCUGCUGAGCACAGCCCCUCAGAAUCAGCUCUUCCUGGCUCUGGCUGACAGCAGUAUCUCCACGAAGGGCACAAAGAGUGGCACCUUUGUCAUGUAUAAUUGUGCCCGUCUUGCCACACUCUUUGAGAGUUACAAGUGUAGUAUGGAACAAGGUCUGUACCCCACUUUUCCUCCUGUGAGCAGUCUGGACUUCUCACUGCUACAUGAUGAGGGUGAGUGGUUGUUGCUCUUCAACAGUAUCCUCCCCUUUCCGGAUCUGCUGAGCCGGACAGCAGUGCUGGACUGCACAGCCCCGGGGCUCCACAUUGCUGCACGCACAGAGAUGGUGAGGCACAGACAACCAGGACACUCUACACUCUAUUCUUUAUUCUGGCCUGGGGCACAAGAGCAAAGAGAUGGGCCAGUGACUCAGUCUCUGUCUCUAGAUAUGCAAGUUCCUGGUACAGCUCAGCAUGGAUUUCAGCUCCUACUACAACCGGGUACACAUCCUGGGGGAGCCUCGACCACACCUCUUUGGUCAGAUGUUCGUCCGCCUGCAGCUUCUGAGGGCUGUGCGUGAGGUGCUCCAUACUGGCCUGGCUAUGCUGGGUCUCCCUCCACUGAGCCACAUCUAAGGCCACAGAGGCUCCAAUACUUGGGAAUGUUCACCAAAUCAUCAACUGGAAAAAAAGCAAAAACCCACAGCCAAAAUAAAUUGGUACUGUUACAAA